AGGGGCGAGGGAAUCAGGUGUGCAAUAUACUGUGCAUUAUUCCCGCGGUACUCGCGGUGGUGGAGCGAUAGAGUUAUUUCGAGUGAAAUUACGGCCGUUCGGCGCGUCAUCGCUCAUCAAUCGACGAUUUGGCGUGUGCGGAAUAUAUCCGCUUCCGUCACACGAAGGAGCCGCGCGACGCGCAUGUAGAGGAGAGAGAGAGAACGAGGCAGCGCCGAAACGCUCGAGGGGCAGAGAGAAGGAGACGAGUGAGGCGCGAGCGUUACUUGAAUAAACCCGGCUUCGUUAACCGACCGACCGUCGUCCCGAUCGAUUCCCGUUCCGUCGAACGCGACGCGCGGAGGCUUCGUCGUCGCCUGUCCGCUCCGCCAUGGAAGCCCUGAUACCUGUGAUAAACAAACUGCAGGACGUGUUCAACACCGUCGGCGCUACCGUGCUGCAACUGCCGCAGAUCGUCGUUCUGGGCACGCAGAGUUCAGGAAAGUCGUCUGUAAUCGAGAGCUUGGUGGGCCGUUCUUUUCUGCCGCGAGGGACCGGUAUUGUCACGCGACGUCCAUUGAUACUGCAACUUGUAUAUACGCCGAGAGAUGAUCGAGAACACAGAAGCGCGGAAAAUGGCACCCUGGACCUGGAGGAGUGGGGAAUGUUUCUGCACACGAAGAACAGGAUUUACAAAGAUUUCGACGACAUUCGCGCGGAGAUCGAGGCCGAGACUGACAGAAUGGCCGGAGCAAACAAAGGGAUUUGUCCGGAACCAAUUAAUCUUAAAAUAUUCUCGACGUCCGUUGUCAAUCUGACGCUCAUAGAUCUACCUGGCAUCACGAAAGUGCCGGUGGGCGACCAGCCGGAGGACAUCGAAUCUCAGAUACGUGAGCUCGUGUUAAAGUACAUAUGUAGUCCGAACUCCAUAAUCCUAGCAGUUGUCACUGCCAACACCGACAUGGCUACGAGUGAGAGUUUGAAGCUGAGCAAAGACGUUGAUCCAGAUGGCAGACGAACGCUUGCAGUCGUUACAAAACUGGACCUCAUGGAUGCCGGGACUGACGCCAUAGAUAUCCUAUGCGGCAGAGUCAUCCCGGUCAAACUGGGCAUUAUAGGUGUAGUUAAUCGCUCGCAGCAGGACAUAAUGAAUAACAAGAGUAUUCAGGAAGCGUUGAAGGACGAAGCCACGUUCUUGCAACGCAAAUAUCCAACGUUGGCUAACAGAAAUGGCACCCCUUACUUAGCGAAAACUCUCAAUCGUUUACUUAUGCAGCAUAUUAGGGACUGCUUGCCGGAGUUGAAGAACAGAGUCAACACGAUGGUCGCGCAAUAUCAGACCCUGCUCAAUUCCUACGGCGGGGACGUCGAGGACAAAAGUCAAACGUUGCUGCAGAUCAUCACGAAGUUCGCGAACAGCUACUGCGCGACGAUAGAGGGCACGGCAAGGAACAUAGAGACCACCGAGCUGUGCGGCGGCGCUCGCAUUUGCUACAUAUUUCACGAGACGUUUGGCAAAACGCUCGAUUCGAUUAAUCCGCUGGCGGACCUCAGUAAGGUCGACAUACUGACCGCUAUUCGCAAUGCCACCGGUCCGAGACCGGCUCUCUUCGUGCCAGAGGUCUCCUUCGAGCUGCUAGUUAAACGGCAAAUACGAAAGUUAGAGGACCCCUCGUUACGGUGCGUGGAGCUUGUGCACGAAGAGAUGCAAAGUAUAAUACAGCACUGCGGCACCGAGGUGCAACAGGAAAUGCUGCGUUUCCCCAAAUUGCACGAGCGUAUCGUCGACGUUGUUACACAGUUGCUACGUAGACGACUCCCACAUACAAAUUCAAUGGUAGAGAACUUGGUUGCGAUAGAAUUGGCGUACAUUAACACUAAGCAUCCCGACUUUCACAAAGAUGCAGCAUUUGUGUCGUCCUUGCUGAAGGACACUGAUGUAGAUCACCUGAAGCACAAUAAACGUAAUCGUUUUGAAGUUAAUUCCUCAGCGUCCAAUACUAUAAUCACCAAUGACACGAUUUUAAAAUCAGUCAAUAAUCGAGGUGAGAUGAACUCUGUUUCCAAUCAGACUAAGGAACAGCAAGGGCAGCAAAAUCACUGGCUGCUAAGUAACUUGCUACUCCAGGGACGACCGGAGUCGACUAGUUCCGCGGACGGUUCUCCGGUCAGAAUGCGCGAAAACUCACACCCGAAUCCAGCGAUCGAACUGCAGAAAGCGUCCCCGCAACAGAAACCAGUAAAUCUACUCCCUGCGGUACCAAUACAGACGUCCCGGAAACUCAGCGACCGCGAGCAACGGGAUUGUGAUAUUAUCGAAAGACUCAUAAGAUCAUACUUUUAUAUUGUACGAAAGUCCAUUCAGGAUAGUGUACCAAAGGCUGUUAUGCAUUUCCUAGUCAACUACGUGAAGGAUAAUCUACAGAGCGAACUCGUCACACAUUUGUACAAAUCGGAUCAGGCCGAGGCCUUGUUGAUCGAAAGCGAACACAUCGCCGUCAGGCGUAAAGAAACUGCGGACAUGCUUAAGGCACUGACUCAAGCAGGUCACAUCAUUAGCGAAAUUAGAGAGACGCACAUGUGGUAAUCGAUUGCCUAGACCUUUCACGCCACCGGAUUCUAGUUGAAUUUAGGCAUUGCAUCUCUGUGUUUUAACGAACUGAGUUUAAAGGAUUGUACUUUACCAAUGUAUAUGAUGAAUCACUGUACAUAACUCUUGCCUUUCUCACGCAAGUAAGGUAUACGUAUCUAUUGAGAAGCCAAUGGCCCUGAUACUUUACGUCACCUAGUUUUAUAUUAUAGUAUGAGCAUGAAAGAGGCAUGACAUGUCGCGCGUAAAACGCGCGUUUGGUGCAACCGUCUCAUUUACUUGAUUCACGAGAUGUAAUUCAGACUCGGAUCUUUUACUCGGCGUUAGAUGUAUAAUGCUGAUGACCUAUCGUUGUACGAAAAUCGAUUGAUUCUUGAAUAACUUGUUUUGUAUCACGUAUUUUACCACGGGAAUUAUAUGCUUCUUAAUUACUUAGUCCAAUCCUGCAUUGCCUCACGUUACAGCGUUACUGUUAACGAGAAAUGCAAUUGAAAAUCGUUCCGUGUAUUUUCUAUAUAACUCCGCUGUUUGCAUAAAUUUCUUUUUCCAGAAUAGGAAUCCAUUCUAUUCUUAAUGGAUUGUAUCGCGUUUUUUCACAGAGCUGUAGAAUAAACGUCGAAAGAAUUGUUUCAGUGCUAUAAA